AAGACUUCUCCUGCGGAAUCUUAAAACCCUAGCAGAAACACAGCCAUAGAGUAACCGCAGCUUCAGCACUUUCAUUUCUCAUUCGAUGAGGGCCCUUCUCCGGAAUCACCUCUUGCAUUUGUCACGUUCUCCAGCUCGCACGCUUCUUGUUCGGCUUCAAGCGUGCGAGCUGUCAUCGUCAUCUUCUUCUCCUCCUCAUACCUCCCGAGAGGUUAGCGUUUCGGUGUGGUGGGAUUUGAUGAGCUGUCCGGUGCCUAAUGACGUGAACCCUUUGAAGGCUGCGCCGGCAAUCACGCAGGCCGUGAGGGCCAACGGGAUCAAAGGUCCAAUUGACAUCAACGCUUUCGGGGAUUUUAACUUCCUCUCCGAGCGCCUCCUGGACGCACUCGGUUCAAGCGACAUUCCAGUCACCCACUUUCCUCGUGGUUCUUUUCUUCCCUUUCUCCUUUUUUCACCGUCCCAUUUUAAAGCUUUUGACCGUUCCUUUGCUAUAGGUCGAAAGAGUUAUAUCAACGUUGAUAUCAUGUUUUGGGCAUUCAACAAUCCUCCACCUGCACAUUUCUUUCUGAUAUCCAGUGAUAUAGGUUUUGCUGGCUUAUUACACCGGUUAAACUUGAAUAAUUACUGUAUCUUGCUUGCUGGCUCAAGGAAUGCUCGUGUUCUCUCCAUGGCAACAACUAUAACGUGGCAAUGGUAUAAAUUGCUUAGGGGAGAAAAUCUUAUUGCAAAACAUUUCAACCAUGCUCCAGAUGGUCCAUAUGCUUCUUGGUAUGGAAACUUUGGGGUGCCCCUUGAAAACCCAUUCCCAGCCCCAGAUUCCUUAAAAAUGAGUUCUAAAGGCUCAUCUGAUGAUGACAUUGUUGGGUCUGAGGAUGCGAGUCGUAAAAGUCAGGAAAGAUAUACAACUUCAAUGAAUCGCUCUGCUGGAAAUGAUCAGACAGCAGUGGACGACAUUGGUACUGCAAACUAUGAAUCUGGAAAGCCUGAGUUGUUUUCUAGCAGUUCCUUUUGGAAUGACAUGGAAUCUUUUAUUUUCACCCUCAGAGGAUCACUUAUUGUUUCCCAGUCAAAAAACAGGGAGGAUAUGGCACGUAAAUUACGGAAGAAUGGACCCCCAGUUUUUAGAUCUCUGUCUAAAAAAGAUAUCCUUCAAUUGUUGGAGUUAUUAAUAUCAGAGAAAAAGUGGUUGGAGGAAAGCCCCACCCAAACAUUUCCUUUUCAGCUAAAACCAGUUCACAAGGACUCAUUGGAAUAUUCAGAGAGGUCUAGAUAUGAUAUAUUAGAUGAUUGUGAUAGAUUUGUACAUGAGAUAUUGAGGGAACACCCAGAUGGUUUUAAAAUCAGUUCUUUUCCAAGAUUUUUUGUUGCUAGGUAUGGCUAUCAUCUUGAUUUACAGAAGCUUGGUUACCGAAAGUUAACAACCUUACUACAGAUAAUGACGGGAGUUAAAGUAGAGUCCAAUUAUAUUUAUAGAUCCUACUAAAGAUGGUAACACGGAAUCUCCAUGGGAGGAAUUCGGUCCCGUUUCUGUCAACAAUUCCAACCAGAGUAAUCUGGAGUCAGAAUUAAGUCAGAAAGCCAUGGAACUGCUUGCAUCAAAGUGUCCUGAUUAUGAUCCUAUAGUCUCAGAUUAUGAUCCUGUAGUCUCAGGCAAUUCUCUGGUUGACAAGGAAUUGCAGUUUUAACUGGCCAUGGUUCUUUAUAUCAAUUAGAUGGUCAGAAUUACUAUUAUAUUUUGGUUUAGUUAUUAUUUGCAACUAUUGUUAAGUCUUUUAGCUGUAGUCUGAUAUUUCUGGUUUCUCUUUUAUAUUUUAACAUAUUCUUUUUUUAUUUCUUUCCAAAAGGACACAUUGACUGCAUUAUCUAAAACAAUAAGUUGGUGUUUUGAUU